UAUCGUGAUGCAGUGUGUUGGACAGAGGAAUUUAUACUCAGUAGUAGUGGGAGAAGUUUUGAUCGCUUCAUGCUGCUGAUUAGAUGAAGUUUUGAGCUCCACGUCAGCGAGCGAACCUGGACUGCAAAACAGCGCACAGCUUCAGCCCUUAAACAUCAACCAGCGCUAACAUGGGCUUCAGUAAGGAGGGUAAAGUUUUAAUCGCCGCGCUUGUUCUCGUCUUGUUGAUAGCUGUGCCAGUUCUCAUCUAUGUGAACAGAGGUGAUCAUGGUUCCAGACGGACUUUCACAUUUGAUGACUUUUAUAAUGAUACUAUCAGGUAUCAGACUUAUAAUUUACGGUGGAUUUCAGACACUGAAUACCUCCACAAAACUAAAGAUGGCAAUGUUUAUGUGCAUAAUGUAGAGACCAUGACCAGCUCCUUGUACCUGAGCAACUCAACUUUUUCUCAGGUGGAUGCCACAGAUUACAUAGUGUCCGCUGACAGAAAGUUCAUCUUUUUUGAGAGCAAUUAUACAAAGCAAUGGAGACACUCCUUCACAGCAACAUACUCCAUAUAUAAUAUGGAGACUCAGUCUUUUAUUACACCUUCUCACAUCCCUGAAGCUGUACAUUUAUUAUUGUUGGCACCCAUAGGAAACAUGCUGGCCUAUGUUUGGAAUUAUAACGUUUAUCUCAAACCCAAUGCCAUUGCUGAGCCCAUACAGGUCACCCAUGAUGGAAAAGUCAACCAGAUACUGAAUGGCAUACCAGACUGGUCAUAUGAAGAGGAGGUGUUUGUGUCAAAUGAGGGAUUGUGGUGGUCUCCCAAUGCUAAAUAUCUGGCCUAUGUACAGAUUAAUGACACAGAGGUGCAUGCCAUUGAGUAUACCAUAUAUGGAAAUGGGCAGUACCCUACCACUGCAAUAGUCCCCUACCCAAAGGCUGGCUCCAAUAUUCCAAGAGCAAAGCUGUUUGUGAUUGAUGUUGCAAAGCCAUCCAUGCGCACAGAAAUAGUGGUGCCGAAAAGUAUUGGGGCAAGCGAUCACUACCUGAGUUCAGUUACGUGGGUAACUGAUACUCGUAUUGCUGUACAAUGGCUAACACGCAGACAGGACCAAGUUCUCCUCCAGAUCUAUGACUUUGAUGGAACCAAAUGGAAUGAAAACACGAAGUUUGAACAAAAGAGCAAAACUGGCUGGGUUGGUCGGUACAACCCUUUGCCUCCUUACUUUGCUGCAGACAGCAACAGUUUCUACAAGGUGAUGAGUGAUGCAAAGGGCUAUAAACAUCUCCACUUGGUGAAGGAUGGGAAAGCAGUACCAAUAACCUCAGGCAAAUGGGAGGUAAUCUACAUCUCAAAAUUAACUAAGGAUGCCAUCUACUAUGUGAGUAACGAACAUAUGGGAAUACCAGGGCAAAGAAAUCUCUACAAGAUUUCUGUCAGUACCAGUCAGAGCAGCUUUGUUUCUGAAUGCCUCACCUGCUCACUUUAUAAGGACAGGUGUCAGUACAAUUCAGCGUACCUCAGCCAAAACGCUUCCUUCUUCCGCAUGGACUGCUACGGACCAGGACUACCAAUAUUCACACUCAUGGAUAAUCGAGGAUCUCGCAAAGAAAUCGGGGUGCUUGAAGACAACAAAAAACUGGAACAAAUUCUGAAGACAGAAAUAUUAAUGCCAACCAUCAAACGUGGCACAAUAAAGAUAGCAGGAUUUGAUUUUUGGUACCAGAUGAUGUUCCCUUCCGAUUUUGAUGCAUCCAAAAAGUACCCACUGCUGAUUCAAGUUUAUGCAGGGCCAGCAAGUCAGUACGUGGACUAUAAGUUUAAGCUGGAGUGGGCCACUUACCUAUGCAGCACUGAGAAAGCCAUCAUCGCCAGCUUUGACGGAAGAGGAAGCGGUUACCAAGGCGAUGAAAUAAUGCACGCAAUCUAUGAACGACUUGGCACAUAUGAAGUGGAAGAUCAGAUCUCAGCAAUCAGGAAAUUCAUCGAUAUGGGUUUCAUAGACAAAAACAGAAUUGCCAUGUGGGGAUGGUCGUACGGUGGAUAUGUAACCUCUAUGGCUCUGGGCUCAGGAAGUGGUCUGAUUAAAUGUGGAAUUGCAGUGGCUCCUGUAUCCAAGUGGGAAUAUUAUGAUGCGGUGUAUACCGAGAGGUACAUGCAUCGCCCUGAGGAAAAUUUAGACAGCUACAAUAAUUCCACAGUAACAGGCAGAGCGGCGAAUUUCAACAACGUGCAGUACCUGUUGGUGCAUGGCACUGCAGAUGAUAAUGUCCAUUUUCAACAAGCUGCUCACAUCUCCAAGGCCCUGGUGGAACAGCAGGUCGACUUUGAGGCAAUGUGGUACACAGAUAAAGACCAUGCACUGUCUGGCAAGGCUCGCUAUCACCUCUACACACAUCUCAGUCAUUUUCUUCAAAAAUGCUUUUCUGAAAAAAAAUAAUCACAGUUUAUCACGAAUGUUUGUUCUUAAUUUAGGUUGUGCAACAAAUGUAAAUAUAUUACACCAUUAGCUAAAUAAUUAUGACCCCCUCACAAUAAUGCAAAUGCCAGCUGAUAUUUCCGACAGUUGUGCAUGUCACACUCAGGGAUAUAUAAACUGUUUUACUGUCCACUGUCUAAAGCACUUAACAAUGGACAUGCAAGCAUCAGAACUGGAUAUUGGAGCAGAGGAAGAGAGUCUUGUAGACGAUAAGGAUUGCAGGCACAUGUGCAUUGUUUACCCAUGUAGAGAUUGCAUUGUACAGCAUGCAUUGUAAGAAGAUCCACCUCUAAAGUACACAGAUUAAAGAUCCUGCUGGUAAUGCCCUGGUACCAGAUACUACAGGACUUCUUGAGGUGUCUUGUGGAGUCCAUACCUUGGCAGGUCAGAGCAGUUUUAACAGUAUGUUAGGCAGUCAGACAUGAUAUCUUGGCUCAUCGGUGUAUGUUGAAAUGUUAAAAACAUACAAAUUGAGACUUUUUUGUAUGUUGAUUAUUUCCAUUUUCUUCUAUUCAUUUUGACAAUCUUUUUUUUAUGAAGAAAC